UCGAACAUCAAAUACAAUGGGCGUUCGUGCAUUAGCAGACAAAUUUAGUGUUAGUAAAACACAAAUUGCUGAUAUUAUAGCAAAUAAAGACGCUCUUUACAAAACUUGGGCUGAAAAUGGAGAAGAGAAACGGAAAUGGACAAAGCUACAAAAAACAGAAACCUCUAUAAUCAACAAUGAAGUAUUAAACUGGUUUUCAAAAUUACGAGAAAAAAAUCUUCCUGUUUCAGGACCGAUGCUUCAAGAAAAAAUUUGUGGUGAAGCAGCAAGUGUUGAUGAAGAAGCCGUUGAUAACUGGAAAGCAAAAAUACCCGAAAUUAUAGCAAACUACGCAGAAUGCGAUAUUUUUAAUGCAGAUGAAACGGGAUUGUUUUAUAGAGUUCUACCUGAUAAAACCAUGGCGUUUAAAAAUGAGAUAUGUACUGGAGGAAAAAUUUCAAAAGAACGUUUAACUGUACUCUUGUGUACUAACAUGUUAGGUGAGUUUGAACGGCCACUCGUCAUAGGCAAAGCUAAACGUCCACGAGCCUUCAAAAAAUUGGAUAUUAACAACUUUCCCGUCAAUUGGUUUUGGAACAAAAAAGCCUGGAUGACGACUGAAAUAAUGACUGAGUGGCUUAUGAAAUUUGAUAACAGAAUGGGUCAAAAUAAAAUAAAAGUUUUACUCUUUUUAGACAACGCGGCUCCUCAUCCACAUUUAAAAAUGAAAAAUAUUGAACUUGUGUUUUUUCCACCUAACAUGACUUCUCAUUGCCAACUGCUUGACCAAGGAGUAAUCCAUCAGUUUAAAAAAUUAUAUCGUACGCAAUUGUUACGUAAAGCUGUUGCUGAUUUGGAUGCCAAUUCAAGUCAACCUAUCAACAUGUUGGAUACAAUUUACUGGGUGUCUUCAUCUACAAAAAACAUUCAACCCGUAACAGUGAAGAAAUGCUUUUUGCGGUCUGGCUUUAGGUACCGUGAUAACAAUGUUACAGACGUUGAUGAUCUACUUACACCAAUAGAAGAACUUGGCAAUCUUAUUAAAGUGAUUGACAAUACAAUUACGGAAAAUGACUACAUAACACUAGACGAUUGCGUAGAGACUUACGACGCCGAUAUCGAAAAUUCAUCUGAUACUACGAGCAUGUCUACUCAAAAUGAAGAAGAAAGUGAUGAAGAAAAUGAUGGGUCCGAAGAUCAAGAAAUUCCAAAAAUAAGAAGUCUACGAGAGGCAUUGCUAGCAGUAAAAGACAUACGUACAUAUAUUUCUUCUAUCGAGGUACAGAAUAGUUCAUUGUUCUCAAACACAAUCCAAUUAGAAAAUGCCUUAACAUACGAAAUAACUACGCCUGCAAUUAGUAAACAAACUAAAGUAACAGAUUUUUUUUAUUUUUAUUAG